UUCUGCCUACUCUCGUGUUUCUCACUAAAAAAUUUCCAAGAGAAGCAAACCAUUAUUAAUAGUUGGAGAUAAUUAAGCGUACUGGGUGCUCAGGGCACAUGACCCUCAUUAAUAUCUGGCACAUGUACUGAUUUAAUACUACUUAACAGUAACUGGUAUUUUCUGGAGGUUGUCUGUUGCUUCGGGCUUAUUGAUUUGGUCUGAAAAGCCUAGUGAGGGUGGAUUGUGAAGAGGGAUUAAUGGGACACCACUCUUGCUGCAACAAGCAGAAGGUGAGAAGGGGAUUGUGGUCUCCUGAAGAAGAUGAAAAAUUGGUUAAAUAUGUUACCACUCAUGGUCAUGGCUGUUGGAGCUCAGUUCCCAAGCAAGCAGGUCUACAACGCUGUGGAAAAAGUUGCAGGCUAAGAUGGAUCAACUAUCUCAGACCAGAUCUCAAGCGUGGCUGCUUCUCUCUCCAGGAGGAAAGGCUCAUUAUUGAGCUUCAUAGAGUCCUCGGAAAUAGAUGGGCGCAAAUAGCUAAGCAUUUGCCUGGGCGAACAGACAACGAAGUAAAAAACUUCUGGAAUUCAUGUAUUAAAAAGAAGCUCUUGGCCCAAGGAAUGGACAUAAAUACACACCAGCUUAUUAACAAGUCCAGCAGUAUGACACAAUCCCUAAGUACUGAAAAUUUGUUAGAUGGACAAAGUGGUAUUAGUUUCAUGGGAGAUCGUGUAUCCGGAUCAACAUAUGAUCCCUUGGUGAUGAAUGCAGACAUGAGAGAAAUAGCAUCUGGAUCAGGUCUUUCUCCAGCAGAAAAUGUGGGCAUUUCCUCCUAUUCUCUUCCACCUGAUAUGAUCUCCAAGGGGUGGCCUUAUGACAAUCAAAUCUCCAUGGCUCGCAACAGUAAUGGAUUUGGAAGUAAAUUUGUCCAGCCUGAAUAUACUUCUGUUCCUUCCAUGACUUCAUUCAACAUUAAAGAUUUUCGAAGGUUGGAACCCAAACAGUUUUUGGCUCAGUACAAUCCUACUACUGAUUUUAGCCAGCUUGGUGUUGAUAUGACUGCACCCAUUUAUGAAGUAGCCAUGAAUCACCAAUUGAGCACCCCCAUAGUUGUUCAGAAUGAUUUUGGGCUUAUUAAUCCAUGCUGUCCUACACAGCUGCCAAAUCUCUGUGAGAUGGGCCAUGUAGAAGAGUGCAAUUCAGCAGGUCAAGAAACAAAUGAUAUUCAUUUUUCUACAUCUAUUAAUUACGAGUCAUAUGGGCACUUUGAUAUUGAUCUCUUAGGUUCCUCUCUAGUGGAUUCCGAAUGCAUCAGUCACCCAGUCACGGAAUGGAACUGACUCCCGAGUAAUAUUAGGUACUCAUUUGUACAAAACAGCAGCAGUGAAGAUUGUGUGGAGGGAAAGGAAUCGAACUCAAAAAUCAAUUAAUUUGUUAUCAGGAAAAGUACUAAAGCUGGUAAUAUUUCAUAGAAAAUGCAGGGUCCUGAGGCAGGCCUGAUAUUGUACACUGUGUUUAGUAAGUCCACAGGUGUAAGAGAGGAGUAGUUCAUGAGGUUUCUGAUUGCAGUCAGUCAAGGGUUCAAUUCAUUACAAGGGUAGCAACUCAAUAUAUACUAAAACUCCAUUUCCUUUUACCAACAUUGUUUAGUUCCUUCUUGCUCACACCAAUCCUAUACAAU